AUAGAGGAACUUUGUGUAAGAAUAAUCCACAGCUAGAGAGAAGAGGGAAAUGGAGAGUGAGAGUGAGAUUAUGAUGAUUCCAUGUUUUGAUUUUGGCAAGGCAUUAGAAGAAGGGAGUGAGGAGUGGAAAGAAAUGAGCAAGAAAGUGAGAGAAGCAUGUGAGAGUCACGGUUGCUUCCUCUUGGUUUGUGAUCAUGAGAUAAUUCCCAAGGGUGUACAUGAACAGUUUUUCAGUAACAUGGAAGCAUUGUUUGAUUUGCCUGAAGAAACAAAGAUGAAGCACAUUAGUCCAAAGCCUUAUAGCAGCUACAAUGGGAAGAGCCCUGUCAUUCCCCUCAGUGAAACCUUUGGAAUCGAUGAUGUUCCACUCUCUGCUUCGGCUGAGGCCUUCACUUACCUCAUGUGGCCUCAAGGAAACCCAUCUUUCUGUGAGACACUAAAGAUCAUGAGCUUAAAGAUGCUAGAAUUAAGUUCCCUCGUUUUGAAAAUGAUAGUGGGGGGUUAUGGCAUUCAACAACAUUACGUAGAUGUUGAAAAGAUGAAGAGCUCUAGCAAUUCACGAUUGAUAAAGUACAAAGUUCCGGAAAAUAAUAAUGACUCCAAGACUGCCCUGUUGCCUCACACUGACAAAAAUGCCUUAACCAUAUUGUGCCAAAACGAAGUCCAAGGGCUCCAAGUAUUAUCCAAAACAGGCAAUUGGAUUGAAUUGAAGAUACCCCAAAAUGGCUUUGUGGUCAUUGUUGGUGAUAUACUAAAGGCGUGGAGCAAUGGGAGGCUUCAUGCAGCUACACACAGAGUGGUGAUGAAUGGAAACAAAGAGAGAUAUUCAUUUGGCCUUUUUGCAAUGCCAAUGGAAGAGAUGGACAUUGAGGUGCCCCUUGAGUUGGUGGAUGAGAAAAUUCAUCCCCUUCGUUAUCAUCCAUUCAAAUAUGGAGAGUACACCUCUUACUUCGUUUCAAAUCUCAAAGAAAAUGCUCUUGAAGUGUUUGCAGGUCUUUGAAAGCUCUUUAUGUAUGAUACAAGCUGUUUAUAAAUAAGUACAGGAGCAAGGCAAAAUUUACAAGACAUUGCUAUAGAUAGAAUUCCUUUUAUGUAAUGCACAAUAAUUAGACACUGCACCGACUUUUUUCAUUAAUAAAAUUCUCCGUUUGUAUUAUACA